CAGUUAAUGCAAGCUCGUAACAAAAUGGCGCUUUCCAGUGAGAGCGUGAAACAACUGCAGAAAACCACUGUUUCUUGGUUCGAAUUCUUGUUUGAUACUUCUGGAAAUGCUUUAAAGAAACAUUUAGAGAGUGCAUUUGCAGGUUUGAUGUUUAUUAUUUAUUCGUGCCGUAAGAUAGCUGAGUGGUUUAGUACGCGGUUUCCCGGGUUCAAACCCUCGCUCUAGCUAUCGGCCACAAGCUGGAUUUGUUUCUUCAUAGUCCAGCGUUUAAGGCAAUUUUUUUAAGCAAUCCAAUUAUUUCACCUUUUUUUAACCUGUUAUGCUUAAUUCGAGUAAAGUCGCUUUUCCUAUGGCACAAUGAUAAAUAGAAUGUAUGACAGCACUCCCCUCUGAGUACUUUAGACUAAAUGCAUGUGAACCAGAAGCUUUGCUCUUCAUACAAUCAAUUUUCCACAAAGGAUACCUUUUCCUAGAACAAGAUACCCUGAUUUCUUUCCCAGACUGAACUUCCAAAACACCGUAUUCUUCACAGCGGCACAUACUUAUGGGCCGUCGACAUAUUCACUUUUGCUCCUCUUAACGUCAACGGGAUGUUGAGUUCAGACCCCCCCUCCCCUCUCCCCCCUCUCCUUAACGUCCACUGCAUUCCAAAAUGAAUACUGACAUGCACUUACCCGUGAAGAUGUAAACGGUAUCAACACAAUUAACUGCACAAUAUUAUUCUCCUAUAACUAUAUAACUGCUUUUUCCCAUUGAUACUUGAUUUUCUAUUACACAUUACAUACAUGUAUUCAGAGGUCAAAGUGAGAAUCGUAGGCACAUGGCUGCCAUGUUUUGAAGGCAUAUAUGGUAUUGAAAAAAGAUUCCAUUUGUGUUCACAAAUGUGUUUCCAACAUCAGCAAACUAACCAUAAUUUUUAGUAUUGUAUAAAUUCAUUGGUGAUUUAGGAUAGAAUUUUAAAAGAUCUCAAUGUAAAAUGUACAAUUGGUCCUGCUUUCUCUUAAAUAAUAUCACAAGCGCUGUUCCACACUGCACAUGACAUGAAAUUUAUGAAAAUGCAUCAGUUUGCUUUUGUCCAAAAAUGCCCUGCACUAACAUCCACUACCUUACCCUCUCCUCUCUGAACCUCCAGUUGAUGUUAAGCAUGGAAAAAGUUAAUAUUAUGUUGAUGGCCUCUUAUAUGCCCCAUAGAUAGCAGCUCCUCCCUUUGAUGGGUAAAAGCGACAGCAAAAAUACAUCGAAUAUAUUUAAGAGAUAGAGGAAAGAAAAAGUGGAAGAAAAUGCUCAGUGAUUGGCAUAGCAGACCAUAUAACAUUGAAUGUCUAGAUGUAUCAAUGAAUGGACUGGAUAUUCUGCUAUUCAUAAACUCUCUUUAUAAUUAUAUUUUUGCCAAAAGCUCAUUAGUUUUGUUGAAUUUGUUACAGUUACGAGAGCAACCACCUCUCUCUUUUAAACACCUUCAUCUAUUAAAAGCCCCUCUUUUACCCCUAAAAAUUAAGUAAACGUGCCUGGUAUCUAUGAGAUCAUUUACGGUAUACACUUUUGAUUGCAACACAACUUAAAAGGCCUAAUAGAAGAGUAUGACCCUACCUUACAUACUACUUUUUAUUAUUAUGUUAAAAUGGAGCUGGUAUAGACACAUGUAUGACAGAAAGUAGCUGCUGUGGGAAAUUUUGUAAAUAAGAAAAUGGAAAAGGUCAGCAGCUAUUGUGACAUAUAACUUUCAACUCAAACAAAAAAUAAGUUUAAUAUGGCAACUAACUGUGGCUGAAUGAUAUUUUUCUUCGUAGAACCAUCUGCAACUCAACUUAUUGUCCAAUUUCUGGAGCGGUCUGGACUGGGGAGUAUUAACUUGGUAGAGUGUUUAUUAUAAGAUAUGAUAGAGUUAUUUUUUACAAAGCUGUGCAAGUUUAACAUGUCAAUAUUUUUAUCUAUAUUCUUACCUCGGCAACCAAAAAGGUCCCAGCUAUGAGCACUAAAGUUGUUUGUUCUAAAAUGUAUGUCACACACUUCACCUUGUGUUGUUACUUUAAUUUUAAUCCUUGUGCUAGAAUUUUUAUUGAUAAAAUAAGUAAAUUUAUCAACUAAUUGACAUUUCAUUUUCCUGGAUGCUCACCUUUUUAUAUAUUUUAGAAUACUGGACCAUCUGAAGUUCCACCAGGUGAAAACAAAAGGUCCCGUUGUCUUUCCCAGUUAGCAUUGAGGGUUGCUGCGUUCUUAAAAUGGAAUUUGGAAAUCUUAGAAGACAAGUAAGUUCUAAAUGUUUUGUCCUUAAAUUAUUAACUUUUUUUGCGAGUGUAUUAAGUUAGUGUGCCUGAUUGUGGGUAAAAGGACCUACAUGCAUUAAAGGAGUAACGUAUUUUCUCUCAUACUGUCCCUAAUAUGUAAAAUUAUUAUUGUAUGUGUGCAUGGGCAGUCUCUUAGCUUAUACAUUAAAGGGCGUGUCUUUUUCCCCAAUAUAAAUUUUCCGUAAUAUGUGAUUUAAGACAGCAGAUUAGUAAAAAAAAAAAUCAGGCGUACAGUGUGAAGUUUUUACUUAGUAACACACAAGAAUGACCCCAGUUUUUCUAUUGUUAUUUUUACUUGCAGCCUCUCUCUUCAUUGGCAAAACAUUCUGUUAGAUGAACUUAUAAAAUCAGACACAUCAAUACAGGGAGUAAGUUAAAUUGAGCAAUAACUUCAACCUUUAGUGAAGUGCAUACCUGCUUAUCAAACCCUCUACCAGUUAUGUCCUGUAGAGCUUUUUCCUAGGAAAAUAAUCUUUACACUGAUAGCUAUAGCCAUCCAGUUAUGUUAUAAUAAAUUAUUAUUUUUAUCUGUUUGGGGCAUCCUCUGUUUUCAACUCCCAGUUUUCUAUUAGAUCUUCCCACAUUCAACACUUUUUUCAAAUGACUAUCCUUUUAGAAAAAAAAAAUAAUUGUGGUUAUGAUUUGGUUAUAACUUCAGGCAAUGCAAAGUGAAAUAGACAUAAGCAGCUUGGAUAAAAAGUCUGCAAUGACGCUUAUCAUUUACUACAGAUGGUAGGGAUUUAUUUGCAUCAUUUCUGUUGUUAUUGUUGUUUAAUUUGUAAGGAUAGCAAGCAUUCAAAGGACUGCUGAAUAAUAUUAAUUUGUUAUUUUUGGCAUGUUUUAUGUGGUCAUUUGCUGUAUCCAGAGUGAGUGAAUCACAAUUUUGCUUGAUUGUACAUGACUGUUUAUGCAUUAAAGUUUUGGUUAAAUUUUAUCCUUUGGUCAAAUUUAAUUUCUUUUUGUUUCAAAUCGGAGGCAGCGUGGCUGAGCGGUUAGAACGCUGGACUCGUAAUCCGGUGGCCCUGAGUUCAAGUCCCGCCCUGACCGCUAGCUGAUUUUGUUCUUUGUGGUCCCAAGUUCAAAUCCUCGGCCACGCUUGUAAAUAGCCAACUGGUUCACCUCCUACCAGUUGUGAUUCUUAAACACAUUAUGUUUUAUUUGAAUUAUUGUUUCAUUAUCCCUGAAAAGCCCAAUAAAGGGAGUGGAUAAUUAAGUAUUUAUUAUUAUUAUUUAUAUUAUUGUCAUUAUUAUCAUUCAUUAUCAUACAUAACCCUGCCCUAAAACAAAGGGAAAUGAAAUUUGAAUGAAGGAUAAAAUUGAACUACAACAAAUACAAGUUUUCCAAGCAUGCUUUUUGACAAUCAACAAAGAAUUUUGGCACUCAAAAGAAUAUCGUGCCAGGGCUGCAAAUAAUGGACAACAGGUGGCCGGUCAUGAUGACCGGCCAAAUAUUUUUUAGCCCGGACAAGCCCAGAUUCUGGCCGGUCAAAUAAUGAAUACUACUAAUUUUUUUUUGCCUAGGGAAUAUCCAAUUAUGCUGGCAAUAGAUCGUUAUCAUUACUACAUUGACGUUCACAUUUUUGACAGCAAAUUGGUGAAAAAUGCAUUCGCACGUUGUAGAGUUCCUUUCCGUGGUUUUCACGCGUUUUAAUGUUACGUUCUACCUUGAGUAUCAUUGCAUGGCGGUGUCUGAAGUCUCUAGAGGUAAAAAGUGAAGCGUAAAUCCUUUUCAAACUCCCAAGGUUCAGGAAACUGAAUACACAUACAGUUCAGCAAACUUUAGAAAUUACAAAAAAAACCCAAAAAAUUGGGUUAUUUUACAAAAUCUGCACGCGCUUGUUUUACGUUGAUGUUCCGAAAUGAACAUCGGUGAAACUUGAUUUUUUUCCUUGCCUGGCAUGUGAUCGAAAGUCACUUCCUCAAAGAAGAAUCGUCGCUGAUAUUUUCGGCAAAGAAGUUGAUUUGCAUUGGCGAGAAGUUUGUUCCACAAACAGCGUGUUGAUGAUCAGAAGUCAAUAAAUAAAUUUGGCGGGUCAUCGCGCAACAUUUUAUCGCGAAGGGCUCAAUUGUCAACAGAAAUUUGCAUAAAGUUGUUUACAAGAACGAGAAUCUAGCGCCGCGAUAGACGACGACCUUCCCUCUUGAGUAGCUUAAAUUUUUAUCAGACCAUUCUGGUAUCGAGUCUGCAAACGAGAUUCAUGUUUGGCAUAAAAGAAAUUAUUAUUAAUCGAUGCGCUAACAUUUAUUUCCAGAGAAACACAGGACGACCUGUUGAGAAUUGCGAUCGAUUUGCCUGAAUUCCUUCAAAUUCCCAAAGAAGGUAACAUUGCUGAUUACAGCAAAGCCAAAAGUACAGUGCGACUUGCAACGUUGCGUUACUUUCCAACUCAGUUUGCUUUUCAAUUUAAUUUAUUGCGGCGUUCUUUUUCUUAGAAGGGUUUAGUGCAAAGCAGCAAAAAAAGCCAAAGAAAAAAGAAAUCAUUGCAGCGUUAUAGAGCAUUAAGCGACAACUGUAUGGAAAAUAUAGUGUUUGUAUCCAAAAAUGACUGGUCAAAAUGACCGGCAAGACCGGAGUUUGACCAGUCAAGUCCGCGAUCACGCCGGACAUUGUCCGUUGACUGGCCGUUAUUUUCAGCCCUGUCGUGCACACUUCCACACAUAUGAUUAUGGGAAGUUAAGGUGUAAAUUUGGUUAAACUAUUUGAUACAAUAAUUUUCAUUUUUUUUUUUGAAAAAUAUGUCUCUAUUAUUUUUGUUAGGGUGAUAAGAACCCUGUCUCAACAUUUCCUUCCAAAUGUUGUGAAAUCCAACAGCAAUGGGUAGGUACAGUAUUAUAGAAGAAUAAUAAGGCAAUACUUUCAAAACAGAAACAACCAAUCCAAAAGAAUUUAAAGGAGGAAUCCAAAGUUCCUCAUUACCUAAAAAAAGAUUUCUUCUGGCCUUGCAAGUGUUUUUUUUAAGCUUUGAAUUACAUGAACCAGUAAUCACUUUGAAAAGAUACAUGUAUUAAACUGCAUCUGUUAAAAAAAUUAAAUCGUGAAAGUUUGACACUUCUUCUAUUGGUGUCAAAUUAUUUGAGUUGAUCACCAUUUCCCAGUUCGUGAAUCUCUAGUUAACUGAUAUACAUAAUCAUAUUUAUCAUCAUUGUUCGGGUUAACAAUCCAUUGUACGGUAAAUCUGGUUUAUCCUGAGGAUGACAUUAUCUGUCUUUUGAACAAAUUGCAAACAAGAGUGAAAGGGAGUUAGAUUCUUACAUAAAAAAAUAGAAUGAAGAGAUAAAUUUUAUUCCUGUUUGAGGAAAUAACUUCAUGGCAGAGAGCAUGAGCUUAAUCAACCUUUUUUCAAGUCAACUUUUUUUAUCUGUCACAAGAAAAUGAAUUAUAUUAGUUACAAUAUAGCUGUACUUGAUAUUUCCAGUAAUCAUGAUUUUUAUUUUCAUGCUUAUAAUUAUGUAGCCUGAUCAUGAGAAAACAACCGACAUUUUGUGACACCACAACUGGUUUCCUCACAAAAUGGCAACUGAGAAAUGAGUGCAGAAAUUCCAUACUGAUGACACAUUACUAAAACCCAGAUCUAGGUAGUGGGUCUGAUUAGUCGAAGCAAAUUUCCCUCGCGGUAUGACCAAUCAGAAGCACUGCCUACAUCUGGAUAGUGAUGUGUCUUCAGUACAGAAUUUCUGCUCUCCUUUCUCAGACAUUAUUUUGUGGGGAACCAGCACUGGUGUUGUAAAAUGCUGGCCAUUUUCUCAGGCUGAGCUUAUAUGUUACAUUUUUUGGAACAUUUUUAGUGCGCUAGCUGAGAACUUGGCAAAUGAGAAUAUCUUAAGAAAGGUAAAUAAGAGCAUUUGAAAGACAUUAAAAUUAAAUAAUAAGUAUUGUAACUUAUUUAAAGCAAAGUCAGAUAAAAGUUGUGUGAUUCAUUUAUUUCAAUAUUUAUUUCAUUUUAUCAAUUAAUUUAUACAAUUUACGUCAUUAGCUCAAAUUUUAUUUUGUUAAGUAUAAAAAGUUAACGGGCCCAUGUGAAAUUAUUGCUGAAAGAAAUUUUAUGACUGGCUAGCUAUUCUACGUGGUGAAACAAUGCAGCUCUAUGAAUUUUUCAUCGUUAGCAUGAUAAUAUUAUGUCUUUCAGUCUGGUCUUUCAGUUGUCCAAUCAAGUUACAAAUAUGUUGAUUCUGAAUAUUGGAAGGAUGUAGCAAAAUUCACUCUCUGAAAAUUGCCAUCUGAUAUACCAAAUAAUUUUACAUUUUGGAAAGAAUGUAUAGACUGAGUCACUAGCACUUUAGCUGAUAAAAAAAUAUACAUCGAUAGAGCUGCAUCUUGCACAUGGAGAAUGUUGUAUAACAAGUUUUAUCUUAGCUUUGAAGUCAAUUUGUUAUCAUGAAAAUCUAGCAGUUUGACUUUCCUGUGAACUGUUUUUUGUCAUAAUCAGGCAAACUUUUGAUUAUAGCAUCUGCAAAGAUUUCACCUACAGUUGAACUUCAAUGUAACAAACCUGUAUAUAAUAAAGUCCUCGGUAUAACAAACAAGUUUCUUUACCCCAAUAAUAGUAAAGUAUGUGAAAAAGAACCUUGAUAUAACGAAACCUUGUUAUAGCUAAAACAAAUUUUGGCAGUCCCUUUGCUACAUCGAGGUUCUACUGUAUUGACUAAAGAGCAUCCAAUAAACAGCGGGUACAGGUCAUGGCAGGCAAAAAUAUCAUUUCCAGUCAUCAAUGAAAACCAGGGCUGUUAAUACUAAGGGCCAAGGGUCAGAGAUUUUCCUUGGCUACUAUAAGCAUGACCCUCCAGCUACCUUCAUAUAAAAAAUAAGGAAACUAGAACCAAAAAUAAUUGAAAUCUUAGCCCUAGGUCAAAUGUUGAACUUUUCUUGAGACGAAUCAACCUUAGUGAGUUAAGCUCAUGAAAAGUUCAAUGUCUGGCUCAGUAAAGUUCAUCCGAAUGAGUUCGGAUCGUCUAACAUGUUUUAUCCAUCUGCUUCAGAUGGAGAGAACGUGUGAAGAUCAUCUCUGGGAAAAAGGUUGAUCUUAACAUGCGUUGAGCUAAACUAUGAAUUAAAAAUUUGUAUGAUGAUGUAUGUUUAGCCUCGUUUCGGGAAAAAUUCAGCAAAAUUGCUUUUGGUCUGAUUCACUUGAUUGGUUUGACAUGUUGAAGUUUGAUGUCUGACCCAACAGACGAUUUAAACUUAAUUUAGGUUGUCCCAAAUUUGAGUUUGGUUCAUCUCAUAAAAAGUUCUACGUUUUGCCUACUUAAGCCUUAGUCACUGUUCUGAUGUACGCAAUCUUAUUAACCAGCCAAUCUUCCUGGAGGUUUGAAUUUUGAAUAUGGUUCUUAGAUCUCCUAUCAUAAAUGACGUUCUUUUAAAUAACACAGCUUCAAGAACAACUUCCCAUUGCCAUCCACAUCCUCAACCAAGCACUAGAGCUAACAGAGGACAUGAUUCUCCCCACACCUCCCUCCUUGGUGACUGAUCAACACAGAAAGGAGCAAUCAGGACAGGAAAGAACUGUAAGUGAGGCUGCAUCAACAAAUGAUGACCCUGCACAGAGCAUGGAAGUUGAUGGCACCACGAGUAAGACUGAGGCUGAGAAUGGUUCUAAUGAAUCUAAUAAUAUUUCCAACACUGGUGAAGACACUGAUACUUUCUCUAACGAGAUUCAUAAAGUGAAAAAGGAUGAUAUUAUUGCUCAGGUAUCAUUUGGAACUUUAUUAAUUUUCUGUUUUAUCAUCUCCCUUCUCAUAAUAAUACAGUGGAACCCCACUAAUAUGGUCACCAAUGGGUCAAAAAAAUUUGGCCGUAUUAACGGGUGCGUACAUUAACAUUUAUUUAUUUAUUUUUUUAAGAAAAUGAAUGGUUGUUCUGAUAGGCUGGGCUGAAAAAAAGUGGACAUAAUAAUGAGUUAACCAUAUUACUGAGGUUGCCGUAAGGCGGGGUUCCACUGUAAUUGAUUGAGGUCUUCUUGUUUGCCAGUAGUACAUAACUGUAGCUAGAGUCAUAGUGAGACCAUCGCCAGUCAAACUAAUGCAUUAGGAUGCAUUACAGUCAAAUAUGCAGUAUUAUCAAAGCUUAUUUUGAUCAGAAUUUAUUGUAAAUCACAAACUUUGUCCCUGAAACUACUGCACAGGUUGUCGAAAAGUCAGUCAUUGUCAACAACAGUCUUAUUCAGGCCUACACUCACCUGGAAAAUCAUAUUCCACCUACUUAUGAAGUGACUCCUGGGCUCAAACUUUUCACUGUAGUUUAACUAUGACGAGAAGACACAAAAUAGUGACUGUCAUCAACAGUAGUCCUAUUGAGGACAACACUCACUCAGACAAUCUCCUUGCACCUACUCAUGACAUACAUUCUGUUAACUGUUAUUAGUUUUGUUAGGAAGCUUUUGUAGAAGGUCCCUAGUUGGCUUUUUCAGAUGCGUGAUUUAGCCCAUUGAGGACUGGGAUUGGGAUUUUAGAGCAAAUGGACAGCAAGAUCUUAUUCCAUCAUUUUCCAAAGUAUUUGAAAUUUGUUUACCACCGGGCACCUAGGAUUUCUUAAGAUUUCAUUGAAAUGUUUCCAUGCUUUACAGACCAAAUUCUAAUUUGGAGGUGUUGGUUUUUAAUAAGAGAGGAAACCAGGAGAGAACCAACAACAAAAAAUUCAACCCAUGUAUGAUGUUGAUGCCAGUAUUCAAACUCAGGCACCAUUUCAAGGGAGGGAAGUUCCUUGCGUACCCUUGCUAAUUAUUAGGGAGCUUAAGCAAUAAUGAUGUCGACGGCUACGAAAACAUCGCUUAAAAAGUGAAUUUGCAUUGCUUCAAACUUUAUUGCACUUAUUCCAUCAUGUUUAAUUCAUCCAAUGUUAAUAUUAUUUUUUGGAGUUGAAUUCUAAAGGACUGUAUCAAAGUUAAGGAAAAGAAAAAGAAAGUUGUUGUCUUGUGUUCCCGUCCUCGACAAAAUGUGAAAUUAGCACUUUCAAGUUGUAGUCGUGCAAUGACAGCAAAGAAAUGUACAAAAAAGCGUGAUUACAAAGUUGUUGUUUUUUGCCGUUCUCAUUGCCAUUGCCAUCAUCAUUGCCAUCAUCAUUGCUGAAGCUCCCUUUUAUUGCUGGUUUUCCAAAGGUGAGGGAACCUAGAGCCUCUGUAAGGGGCUUUUUAAAAUGAAUGUUCAGAAUUUGGAAUAAGCCGAGAAAACCAUUAGAACUACAGGAUUGAGGAAAACUUUAGUGAAAAGGAUGUCAGUUUUGAUAAACCCUUUUCAGGGCCCUAAGUUUGCAUCUUUAGUAAUUGGCAUUGUUUCUGUUAUCAGAAAAUUUACAGUUAUAUUUUUUUUGUUGCAGGUUUCGUUUGAUUUGGCAACCCUCUACUUCUACCAAGAAAAGUUUCAGCAAGCAGUGAAGUUGUUUGAGAGCUGUAAGAAUGCACAGGUAUUCAAUCUUUGUACUAUAAAAUAAUACGCAUUCAAGGGAGCAUCAUUUUCAAAUGCAGAGGCGUAGUUCCUUUAAAGCAUUGUGGGUAAUGCUUUCCAAAAGCUUCCCCACAAGUACAUGUCAAUAUUUGGUGUAUGUAUGUGGAAAAACCAUGCAUUAUCCUUCAACUUGGGAGAAAUGCAAACAAAUUAUUGCCAGGGAUUUUUAUAUUAUGCCUCAUUGGUGAAAUUUGUAAGACAAGAAAAAUUGGCAUAAAAAUGGCAACACAGAAUGUCCACAUUCAAUCUAACUAAUUUUAAACCCAUAGACCAUAAUACACCAAACUUGUGAUGACUUAACCAAACAAUUUUGUACAGUGACAGGUACAUGAACAACAACAGGACACAAACUCAAACCUGAGAGGUCAGAGAGUUUGGGACUAGAGGACUUUAUCCAGACUACAGUAAUUAUAUUUCUAUUGAGGCAAAAUCAGGAAAAAAAACUUACUGUAUGCUUAGCCAAUCCCGUAUUUUUUUUAAUAAGGCAUGCAUGAACAGGCUGUGUGGUUGACCAGUUAGAGAGCUGAACCUGUAGUCAAAGAGGCCCAGAGUAGAAGUCACCCUGACCACUAGCUGGAUUUGUUCACGUUAGCUUUGAGUUUAAAUCCUCCUCCACGCUUGUAAAAUUAUAGCCAACUGCUUUGCCUCCUACAAGUUGGAAUUCUUAAACUCAUUAUGUUCCAUUUGAAAUAUUAAAAAUUUGUUUUACUAUCCAUGAAAAGUCCCUUAAUGGAAGAGGAUAUUUGUUUAAUAAUUUAUUUGUUUAGUUAUUUAUUUAUACAUUCAUUUAACUUCACAAUUUUACUGAGGCAGUGGUCUUGGUUGCCUCUGUAAAGUUGCAAAUCAUCAGUGUCAAACCAUUCAUGCCUCCCUGUUUUUCAACAUUGUACAUGUAACUUAACUGAUCAUUUUGUAUUAUUAUAUUUCAGUGCUCUCAGUCAUCAUUUUACACUGUUAAUGAAGAUAAGUUGUGUGGAUACUACAUGGCAUGUUGUGGUCUAACUGGCACUGUUCCAUCCACACCAAGCGUACCUCUUCGAAAUACUAAACCAUCCCUUACUGUACGACUGGAGCAGUGUAGACACACAGGGUAUAAGGUGAUAUAUCUUAGUGUUCACAUGCUCAAAUAGAUUCCAUUUUGCUUUCUAAUGAUAUGAAAAUUUCUUACAUGUAAGAUUGAAGGAGAAAAAAACCUUAAGUGGCCAAUAAUCUACAGUCUGAGAACUUAUUUUUCAUUCUCUCUUGUAGUAAAUUAUCAUACUCAAGAAUCCUCAAGUAUUAUUUUCUCACCUUCUGAUUCUAUAGUCUUUAUUCUUCUUCAAUCAGUCAGAUCCACUCCUUCAAAACCUUUCCGCUCUUCAAAACCAAAACCCCUGACUGUGUUCACUAGGUUGUCACUGUUACACCCAAGAAAGGGGGACCCUCUGUUUGGUCCUAAAUUGUAUUUGCCUUUUGAUGUCUGCAAGAUAAUACAAUAGCCAUUCUAUGAGACAGUUAACAGACAGCACAGAAGAUAAGCUGUCACCCUGAAAUAUGCCCUAUGGCCAGUGUGCAAAGAAAGUCGUGUCCAAUAGUCUGGGGCUAGUGGAUUUUGCAAUUGGGGUAGUGAUUUUUCUCCUUAACUUGCCCGACAGGUAAGGGCUGUUUUUUUGGGAAAUUCAAAUUACAGAAGGAUUGUAAUCAAUCCUGCUGAUCAAAAAGGGUUUGGGGGCUAGUUGAAAUGACUUGUGGGCUAGUAGAUGCUAAUUACAGCUUGCCCGAAUGGCAGGCUGUGAAACUGACUUUCUUUGCACCCUGCCUAUGGCAUUCUGAUGUAUUGUUCCUAGAAAUAUGUGUAUCGCAGAGCCUCAUAAAGGUCGUGAGAAAGUGGCCCAGGGAAGGAAGGGCGGGAGAGAAAUAGAAUAAAUUGUGUAACUUGGGUGGGUGGGUUUCAACAUUGGCUCAAAUAUUAUUAUUAUUACUACUACUUAAUUUAAAACACUGAACCGUGUGCAAGUGAUAUUGUGCUACCAAAAAUGAUCGCAUCUGAGCAGCAAGGAACAUAUUUGGGAAAUGGUUAUUGACACAGUGAUUGUAUUUUUGUGAUUAAUUUUUUAUAUAAAUUAUAUUUUAAGUGUUCUUAUUUCAAAUGUUUCUUUAAUUAUCUACAUAUUUUCAAAGUGAAAUAAACAUCUCAUUGGUUAUUAUUGUUAUUAUUAUUAUUAUUAUUAUUAUUAUUUUAUAAUCAAGAAAAUGAUAAAUAUAGCCAUUAGAGCAACGUAUUACAUCUUUUGUUGUAGAAAUAGGAGCUGGGAUAGCCCAGACUUAAUGCAAUUUUGAUUUUUUUUUUUUUGGCUUUUGUUUUGUUUUGCUUUUGUUUUUGCUUUUUUUUUCUUUUUAAUAAUCCAAUCUCAAGCAGCAUUUGUAAAUUGCCUAUACGUAGCGAGAUUUACAAUUGUACAUUCAAAAACACAAAAAAAGGUUUCCAUUAUUAUUAUUAUAACAACAGGCUAUAAAUGUAGACUGAUAAUAUUGUUAUUCUGUUUGGAAAAGUCACCUGUGUGCAUUGGAAUACUUAAAUAAGGUAUUGUUUCAUGAGACAUGUUUUAUAUUGUUGUGCCUCUGUCACAGAAUAUCAUAUCGUUGCUUUUGGAAGACAACGUCGCAUUUGAACUGCCAUUAGCAUACAGAGAAAGUCUGGUCACAGAACUAAAAACACAAAGCCAAAGAAUGGAUGAAGAAGAUGAAGCUACUGACAGCAUAACGUUAGAGAGGCAGGCUAUGGUGUGUAAUAUAAUCAGAGAAGUGCUUGAAGGAAGACCAGCAAAUACCGCAUUUUGGUUAUCGCUAGAAAACUGUACUGCAAAACAUCUGGAUCUUGUUUUCUCUGUAAGUUUUUUUUGUCCAUUUUGAAACACAAGCCAUCCCUUUAAUGAGCAGACAUCUUUUAUUAAGGAGACUCAAGACUUAGGCUAGAGGAGUUUUUUCAGAUUUGUGACAUUAGAUUUGGAACAUUUUGGUUCAAGAUUUCUUUUGUCGCUUAUUUGCAGGUGUGUGAAUCUAAAAUAAUGGAUGUCCAGAGAUUUUGAAUCCUGAGUCCAGACUUAGAGUGAACACUUUUAGCCAGAUGAUCAUUCUCAAAUUUGCUAAUACAUCUUAAUUCUAAAUGUCUUUGAAUUCGGAUACCCUAAAAGGAAAAAACACUUACGAAUCUGGAAAAAUCUCCUUUAAUGUAAACCUAGCCUUAGGUUUACACUAGAGGUUCAUAAUUUCCUCUUCCCCUGUCAUAUCCAAAUGCCCUGCUAGCAGGUGUGGAUAUUUUCUGGAACCAGAGAAUGCAACUCUGUAGGAACUAUUCUCACAUCAACAACCUUUUUGCCCAAAUUGAUCUCACUGUUAAAGUCAUAUAACAGUGUAAUUCAAGAGCUAUUAGUUUUUUUACGCUUGUAAUGCUAGUGUUUAGGAUAGUCCCAUCUUGAAAUCAAAUCACUAGAGCUAACUAUAACCUUAUGUAACUUUCUCCAAGCUUUGUCUGCGAUCAGUACCAGUUGAGGAAAAGUCAGCUGCUCCAAGUGUAAAAGAUAGCAACAGAUUCAAAGUUCUCAAGUCAUUUGUCCAGUGAGUACUAAAACCAUUGUUUUGGACCAGUGAUAUGUCACGAUAGUGUGUGUCUAAGUUAAGAAAGUGGGGGCGUAAAAGGCAUCAUCAAUGUCUUACCAGACCAAUUUCAAACGGUCGCCGCCGUUCUGGCUUCUGAUUGGUGCCGAAAAGUUUUUCUAAUCGGCGACCGUUUGUAACUGGUCGAUCCCCAAAAACUUUCCUCGCGCCCACAUCUGCCCACCAAAACAUCAUCAUUGGAAGUCUAAUCAGGCUCGAUCCCUAAAAAAGGCGCACACACCAAAAUACCGGCUCAAGUACACUCAAAAUAUCAGCUGAUGAACAGGUUGUUCUCUCUGUUUACUUUCUUUUCUUCAGGUUGAUUUGUUGAUGAACAGGUUGAAUUCUCGAAUUUUUUUUCUGUACAAUAAUUUCUUUUAGAGUUGAUUCAUUUCGGUGAUUUCUAGUCUGUUCAGGUUGAUUUGUUGUAACUGUGAAUUGGUGAAUGGAUGGGAAACCACCCCGUUAAUACGACCAACGACCACAUUCUGAAUUCAACCUGGCAAGAAUUUUUUUAGAUGAUGGAGGCAAAUUACAAUAAUUUCAUUUUGAUUUCAUUGUUGGUGAAUCGAAGGGAAUGCUGACACGGAGAGUUGAUUUAUUUCGAUGAUUUCUAAUUUUUUUUUCAAAAGUCUGUUAGACAAUACAUUGAUUGACUGGAUUAACGACCGGUAACUGUUAAAACGACGUGAUUAAUGUUGUAUAAUCAUGUAUAUAUUAAAGGACAUUGCAUCCCGGAAUACGACCCCCCGUUAAUACGACCAAAUUUUCAUGGCCCGUUGGAAAAUUAACGAGAUGAAAAGUAGAGAUCUACUCCCUCUGAACAUCUCAAGUGACUACAUCAUGAGACAGAUUUUUCUUUACUUGUUUUCUACCACAAUCACUACCAUUUUGUAGACGGACCUUAAGUAAAUGUUUAGAAUUAGGCUUGAAUAAACAAUCUGUAAAUCUAUUGCAUUUGUGUAUAUUUAGAGACGUUAAGAGGUUCGUACACGGUGACUGGCCCACAUGUCUCAAGAUUUGAAUGGAUCUUUUAAAAGCAUGAAAUUUCAGUAUUAUAGAGUUGUAUUUACCCAGCAAAUGGACACUUGUCAAGAUCAUAUUGGGAAUGUGACUUGGGAACAUUCUUUUCCUUUAGUAGAACAGUUAGCAAACAAAGGUUUAAAAAUCCCCUCAAAGUGAUCAGUUGUUUACCUGUAUUCUGCCUACUUGUUUUACCUUAAGACUUAGCUAGGCCUAUUAAUACAAAACUAAUGCAAGUUCUGAGUCUCAAAAAUAAGAUAUACCCGUAAAUUUCAAUACUCGUUAUUUUUAUGGUUUUAUUUUUAGGAUGAAGCUAUGGACGUGGCCGAGAACACAUCAAAUCAAACUGAACCAGAUGAUCUAUCUUGGAUUCCAGUAAAUGCACAGUGCAGUACUGAAGGUAAAAUGCUUCCUUCAAGGAAAAGUAAGUUGAUUCAGUGUAGUGUAGUUGACUGUUUGGCUUAAUAGGAAUAGUUAUCCUCAAUAAAGUUAGGUAUUGCUGAUUAUUAUUCCUUUAAAAUAUUUAACCGUUUCUGUUUGGCUCAAUUUCUCGACUAAUUCUUCAUAACCAUCCAGGGCUUACUAAGUUUAAAAGAUGCGAGCAAUGUACCAGCGAUAGGAUGGUAUAUAACCCCAGUACUGUAUAUAAUCACAACCGUGUUUGUACUCAAAAAAAUGCAAAAAGGUCACGGUUUCCCGACGGCGAAAUGGCAGAAUUACCGACAAAAUUUAACGGAACAAAUGUAAGAACCCUCAAAAAUUUUCGCUUGGUGAAUGACAGCAACCUUUUAAGGAAUGUCUGCAGCAAAAAAGCACUUGCCUUUGGCCUCGGUGGAUGACAUCCUCCAUCAUCUGCAUAAUUCUUCAGGUCAUAAUGAGCCUUAUUCAACUCAUUCAAUAAUUUGUUAAAUAUGUGAGCUCUGCUGCUACAAUUUUAGUUAUGAUUUUGCGUUAGUCAUAGUGAUUUCGCUGUAUGUUCUAGCAGCUGCAACAGGACAAGAGAGCGUUGAGCUAAAGAGAGGCUUUCUUUUUGAUAAGCUGCGACACACAGUUGAUCCUGAUGAGAUCAGCACCCUGGUCGAACAGCUUCACCAACUUGAGAAAGGAAGACGGUUCUCAGAGGUAAUGCUAUUUUAUCUCUUUCGCUGUUUGAAUCCCUGGAGCAAACCUUGCUUUUUGACCAAAAAAUAAUGCCUCUAGACUUUACAUAAUAUUCGUUAGCUGAUUUUAAUUCCGCGUCUGUCUAUGUAUCUAAUUUGGCCGGAAGUUCUCUUUUUCUGAAACUGUUUCCAGUCCGGUGUCCCUUAGGUUGUCAAUGAAGGUGAAGUAGGUGGUUUCAAGUCCUUCUUGCUGGCUGCCACAGCGCUGCAUUAGAAGCUUUAUCCUUGCCAUUGACCUUUCCCAUUUCAGUUCAUUUGAAGCCACAUAAUUUUCCACAAAUACCUCCUUCUUACGGCUGUUUUAGAGUGUCAAUGUCAGAAAACAGUUGAUCACCGGUUACAGUGCCGAAUUGUGGAAACUCCCUAAGAUACGUCAUAAGCACUGUUUCUUAGCAAUGGCCAGUUGUUAUGAGAUACCUUACCGCUUAACUUUGGGUAAGUUCAAUUGAUUGUAUUCCGAAAUAGGAAUAAGCAAACGUUUUGUUAAAAAUCUCUUCUAACCGUGAUUUUCGGACUCUACAUACAUCAGGAAUUAUUUACGCCCAGCAGAUUUCUAGAUAUUGCAGUGCAUGCAACGAAUACCAAAAGAAGUGAUUUCUGGCUUUUUCCCUUUCCAAUCUUGUUCCAGAACUCACCCUUAAAAGAUGACAUGAUGAAUAUGACCCUUAGUCGCCCUCUCCAACCACUUCUUGACACUAUCAGCUUUAAAUCAAUGAUAACUAAUUUUGUUUCUUUUUUCGCUGAAGGAAUUUGCGUGCUUACUCUACAAGAGCCAUUUAGAGGAGAUUAAAAAUCUUCAGCAGCAGGAUAUACUUCAUAUUCUCUUCUCUAAAGCUAUACACUGUUCAGCCAUUAAGGUAAUUUACUCCACAGCUGUAGGGCAAUUUAAAAAAGUAACUGUCCUAAAACCAUUAUGUUAGCAAAAGUAGAUGAAGCCUGCGCCCGACACGAAAAUCUCGUGUGAGUGGCUAGUACAACUACCUUAUUGGUACUAAAUUUCGCGGGUCUUUAUUUCGCGUUUUUCGCGAUUGUAAAGUGAAAAUCGCGAAAAUAAAGACCCGCGAAAAUAAAUCCUCGCGGAAAUUAAAUACUCAUAUAGAAAAUUCGAAUCAACUUGGAUUCUGUCCUUCAGAAUUUAUAUUCAGGAAUAUUCGCUUACAUUUGUCAAAUUGGGCGAGUGAGGUUAAGCAAACAUGACAGAGUUGAAAAAACGCGCUUGAAAUUCAUUUUGGAAGUAACGUUUUCUUUGCCUGCGUUGUCGCGCUUGCUUAUAAAUCUCGUGCUGUGGUACUGUGCAUUUAUCAAGAAAUGAUCUAUUGUGCCAACCUAAAUUUGCCCAUCAAGAGUGACCGUAUAGCAGCAUUAACAGGAAUGAUAAAUAAACCAGGGCUUAUAUCCAAGUUAUUUGACGUUACUUUUCCUCUAGGAAUAUAGCAAGGCCUCUCAGCUUCUGUCCUAUGCUCUUGGGAUGGUAAACACUGUUGCUGGAAGGGGUGCAGUGAACCCUACACUGGAGAGAGUCAAGGCUGCAAUUCAUCAAGAACUUCUUGUUCUUGAUAUUUCUAAUGAGUCAAACAGCAAAAGGUAUCUUUAUAAUCCUUACAAAUAUUGCUUAAGGGACACUCAGGCUUGCGGCAAACAAUUUGAUAAUCGCUGGUGAUUAAUGUCUCUGUAAUUCAAGUCAGGAGUAUUCCAUAGUCUAGUCUACAGUGUUGAAGUCCUUAGAAUGUCCUUUUUUUGGUCAAAGACGAAAGAAUUCUUCAAUAAAAAAGUGACCAAAAGAAGUGAAAAAAAGUGAAUCCGCAACUUUUUCUUUCGCGAAUUCCGGAUUUAUAAAUUUCCACGUCCACACGUAUCUGUAUUCAAAUGAUUCACUCUAGUACCCAGGACACCUCUGGGAAUAUUGGCAACAGAGCUUGCGUCGUAAAGCGCGCGAAAUUUGCAUCUUGCUCUGCCUUUCACGUUAAAGAACUGGGCUUGAUUUUGUUACAUCACCGGAUAAAAAGACAUAUCCGGAUUUAGCGUCCGCACGAUUCCGGAUUCAUAGCGUAUUCAAAAAUUUCCACUCUGGAGAGCGGGUUCAAAAAGGUGCGGAUUCGUAUGCCGGAUUCACCGGAUACGUAUGGACGGAAGCCGAAUCUGCAAAGAAAAAGUUGCGGACUCAUAAAAACGUUGCAUAAGACAUUUCAAAGAGGGAAGGUUCAGUCAAGUUUCAAAACAUAUGGAAUGAUCAAGAUCCAUUAGAAUUUAUAUUGAGAAGGAUGACAAUUUUUUUUCUUGUGAUUUUUUUUUUAGAUUAGAUGAGAUAACUAACAGGGUCAAGUCUUACAUGUGGCAAACUGCUCCAGGUGAUUAAAAGUAAAACGAUGUCCAUUAGCGCAGUGUUCAGUCAACUGUCAAAGUUAUCUGUGACUUCCUUUGUUUCCACAAAAUACCCCAGCCUUAAGCUGAUACUCCUUCCGUUUCACUACUGCUGUGCACUCAUUUCCAGUCUCUUGGGUAUUUUUUAUUUUAAGUGAUACAUGCUGUUUUCCGGGUCCCAGUUUUUUAAAUAAUAAACGAUGAUAUCCAUGGGAUAAAUCUCUAUUCAUCAGUCAAGAAUGAAAUUUGUCUCCCUAAUUCUCAUCCAAUGGAUAUUUAGCAAUAUAUCUGAUGUUGAGCACUGUCCAGUUUUUUAAUAAUAAAGAGUUUUAGAUUCUGCAUGAGACGAGAACGAUUACGAAAACGAGAUUUUCGCAAUACUGAGUAUUACUCACGCGUGAACCAGCGUCAUUUUGGCGGGAAAAGGUGAUAGCCGUCGUCAUUCUACUACGAGUUUUUGCGAGAAUGUCGUAGUGGCGAGAACAAAAUGUAAGUCAUCAAAUGUAAGAAGUUUUAUCAUUUUGCGAUCGGUAGAGGGCGUAACCUCCUUGCCGUUGGAGAGAAUGUAUGAGAACCACUAAAAUUGGGCCUUAUCUCAGGUUACCUUCAAUGCAAAUAACCGUACUAACUGUUUUGGUGAAAAAAAAAGUAAAAUGAAGCUUUCCGGGGUGUCUUUUUUUUGAAAACGCGCAAAACAUUUAAGUUAAAUCUCGCACUCGUACUCGUUUUUGUCCCCACAUCUCAAGGUGAUGCUACACGGGACGAUUCGCAACGACGAUUUUUAGCGCGACACGGAGUCGCAAUGCUGGAACGAUGUUGCAAACAUUCGAAACAACGUUGUAACAAUGUUGCAACCCUGUGUUGCGCUCAAAAUCGUCGUUGCGAAUCGUCUCGUGUAACAUCACCUUCAAGCUCUCUAGUAACCUGGGGCUGGAGAAAGAGAUGAAGAUUUCAAGGGAUUCGCGGAAGGAAGAAAUAAAAGAAGGGACUCUCCCCAGCUUUCGUCUCGCUUCCCGUGAUGUAACGCUUCUCAUCGAAUACAAUCCCAGGAACGACUGGUAACGGGUCUCUUACUGAAUUGUUGUUGUUUGCUCUAAAGGGGCGGCAGAAAAUCAUAUUGAGGAGCAGGUGAAUGCCUUUCUGUUAAAUGCCAAGGAAUGGGAACUGCUGUCAGAAAUAAGGGUAGAUGAAAACACACAAACAUUGGAUUAUAGAUCUGUAAGUAUUUACAGAUACUAUCGGUAGCAGUUUUUAACAUUUUUGAGGGAAUGCCAUUACUUGACACGUUAAAUUAGCUGGGCAUUUCUGAUACCUAGGAAAUCCCAGUCAAACCUCUUUCUAUUCCAGAAACCUCACCCAUGUAACAGGUAAUAGGAGCUUAAGCAACAAGGACGACGACGGCAGACUUUAUGGCGUCUAUCUGGAACCGCUCAAUUCGUCAAAUGUAGGCGGCUUUUCCUGGAGUUGAAUUCUUAAGGGCUUUAUCCAUGUUCAAAUAGAGAAAGAAAAAUCUGUCGUCGUAUGUCCACGUCCUCCACAAAACGUCGCAUUGGAAGGUUUCACGUCGUAGUCAAACAGUGGACGUCAAAGAAAUGUACUAAAAAGCGUGAUGCACCUGCAGAGCUGUUGUUUUGCUCAUAAAACCAAUUGUUUUUUGACGUUGUCGUCGUCGUAGUUACUUAAGCCUCCCAAUACUAGUGGAAGAGAUCGUAGGGGUAGAUCCCGGUAACUGGUACUGCCUUUGCUUUAUGGGGAUUGGUAACAUGUUCUGCAUCAUACAGUUACAGUUACUUUUUGCUAAGUAUCUCAUCAUGGCAAAACAAUAAACUUUAACUUGUCACUUAGCUCCUUUUCUGUGCUCCCUAUCAAAUGCAAAACUACUGAGGGUGAAGGGUAAAGUCCAUCAUCGUAAUUCUGUUGUAUUUUUCUUUCUUAUCUAGCUUAGUAGUCUGUUGGCAUCAAUGUGUUACUUCCUGUCUAAACCGAAGGAAUGGAGGAAACCUGCCAGAAGUCUUUGGGAUGGUGGUGAGUGCAUUUUGUGCAUGGGAUGGUGGGGAUUUAAAACUGUGCAUAGGACGGUGGAGAACAAAAAUUGUCCAUGGGAUGGUGGGAAAUGAAAUCUGUGCAUGGGAUGAUGGGGAAUGAAAGCAGUGCAUGAAGUGGUGAUGAAUAACAACUGUUCUUGGGAUGGUGACGAGUGCUCGUUGUGCAUGCUGUAUCCUUCCCUUAUUUGUAAAUUUUCUUGUUAUUGUAGUUCUGAAGAUAUUUAGUAGCAACAACACGGUACAACAAAAAAGGCCUGCUGAUGGAACACAAGGAGCUGGAGCAGUAAAACUGUAAGAACUGCCUCAGUGUUUAAUAAAUUCUUACCUUCUGAAGCAAAUGACAUUUUAAUGCAUUAAUGUAGAAUAUGCCUCUUAUUAUAUUUUUCAGGACAAAUCUUAUUCACUUUGUUCGAAAACUUAAGGUAACAACUGAACUACAACAAGUACCCUGCAAAACGAUGUUGGCUUUUUCUUUCUAAACCUGAUAUUGCUAGUGGAUUUCUUAGUAUGCAAAUAUCUUUUUUCCCAGGAGGAGACGGUUCUUACUGUGUUGAUUUCAUGUUUAGUGAGGCUACGAAAUGCUUCUAAGAAGGUUUGUACAUCGCAGUAAAAUGAUAAUGAUUUUUCAGUUCGAUUGUUGUUUUGCAAAGGAUUUGCUACUACUAGUUGUUACUACGCUUAAGUUUUUCUGCCUAAAAGUGGAUUGGGGUCAAUCAGUUUAUCCUCAUUUUCAUUUUCAAGAAUGGCGAGGCCAACAAUCAAAGAGAAAUAUCCAGCUCGCACAGCCAUCUGUGGCCCACAGCCAUUACAAAGUAAGUUGCUUGAUUUACCCAACUGCCCUCCAACCUCUUCCCCUUUUCUCAAGACUCUAGAGUUACGGAAAAAUGGUGACUUAAAUGGAUGCAAGAUGUGGUUUUCACCUUUUGCUCAGCGCCCGAAAAUUACUUUAUAGUUUUCAAGUACAGUGGAACCUCUAUUCAGGGGACACUGUCGGGACCGACGAAAGUGUCCCUUGAAUAGAUGUGUCCCCUGAAUAGAGGCUGGGCUUGGUCUUAAUAAACAACCAACAAAGACGAUAUAAAAAUGAUCAUCAAUAACUUAUCUCUGUUGAAUCCGCACAAACUUUGUUUAAUCCUGACAGUUCCGGUAAUGUUAAUUUUGAUCACAUUGGCUUGGCGUUGUCGGCGGUUGUUCAUCAUGCACUCUCCGUUCAGCAUCACAAUAUUUCCUGGCUUCAAACACUGGGUGACAUUUAUUUAGGUACGAUUUAUACCACGUUAAUAUUUGUUUGCUUUAUUUGACAAAUACGCAGAUGCUCUCCAUGAAUAUAUGGUAUGGUUCAAUUUUAUCCUUGGUUCAAAUUUUGUGUUCGUUUGUUUCAAACCCAUCAUCAUACAUUACCACACCCAAAAACAAAAGAAAAUAAAAUUGAAACCGGGACAAAAGUGUGCAUAUACAUGUUUACAAGAGAAAUUAACUGAUUGCGACGUUAGUAUCUUUUACCGUAGGAGUUAGCUUCGGAGAGACGUGAUCCCUAUAGUGUCACCAUCCCCCUGGCCUGAACGUGGGCGGGGCCGGGGGUUACUCAGGCAAGCUUGGGACAGCUGUGUGCUGCGAAGGAUUUUAAGCCCUGACCCUCUGUGGCAACAGGAACAAAAAUUGUUGGAAUUGAAAAAUAAAUAAAACAUCGAGUAUUCUGUUUAUAAAUGUUUUAUAUGACUUGUAGAUUCCGGUAACUAUUCCUCUGCUCUGCAAUGCUUCCUUGAGGCUGGCGCUGUUUCAUCUUCAUUUUUUAACUUGCCGGUUCCAGCCAAUGUCUGGGAUGAUCAGGUAAGACUUCUAACAGCUAUAAAAGGCUAAAUAUAAAAGCAUGGCUAACUAACUGCUAACGCAGGCCGUUGGUAUUACGUAUGCUUGUCGAUUCUGAUGAUUGCUUAAUUAAAGUCUUCCCCCUUAGCCUAAGUUAUCCUGUGUUAGUCAGUCAGUCAGUCAGUGAGUUGGUCGGUCGUCGUUCUUGAUGCCGACAAUAGAGACAACCUGUAGAUUAGAGGACGAGGACGAGAUUCAACUAGGACAAGAUUUUCUCACGACUACGAGGAUGAGAUUUAACUUAAACUUUUCGUAAAAAAAAAUUUACACCCCAGAAAGCUUCAAUGUACUUUUUUACCAGAAAGGUUAGCACGGCUAUUUUUAUUGAAGGAGGUUCAGCCCUCUCGCGAUCGCAAAAUGAUAAAACUUCUAACCGAUAACUUCCAUCUGACCACGACAUUCUCUGAGUCGCUAAAUCCCGUAGUAAAAUGAUGAAGUCAGCCAAGCGAGGUCAUUGCACGCGUGCUGAACAAGAAUGCUGUAUAAUGACAGACUAGAAACAAUAGACAACUCCCAAAGAACAAACGCAGCCAAAACGCUAAAAACCUUCAAUGUUUACUCAAGUUUGGGCUUAUAGAAGAUAAUGUUUACAGUUUUUCAAUGAACAUGAAAUUCAGAGUCCGGGUAGUUAGUUAAUCAAUUGUGGCCCUGAAAAAAAUUGAAGGCAAAAAAACUACGAAUUUUUAAGAAAAUGCUUUUUUCAUGAGAAGGACUCUUAAACGCCGACAAACGUCAACAAAUAGCGAAAACUAUAAUUUCUAUAUGUUUGCUUUGCUCGAAAUCGCGCGCUUUUACAAGACCCUAAAACUUUUUGCUGACGUGCAAGGACCCAUCUGUUCUAACGAUCCCCAAAAUAAAGGGAUAAGUCUCAUAGUAUAUUAGAUAUAAUCGUGUAAAGUUUGCUUAUCAUUUUCGCAUAAAUUAUGACCUAAAUUUGGAAACCGCUGAAUUUCUCGAAUUGGGUCUUUGCGAUUUUGGUAAAACUCUGUUCAGCGCAAGGCACUAAUGCGCACUAUGUGUAGCCGAGAGAUUUUCACGAAAAAAUGCCGGCAACAGCAGAUUUUCGAUUCAGACCUCAAAGGGGCGUGGCAUUAUAUCCACGUGACAUUUACUCCGAUCGCCCAAAAUUUUAUGUUAUAUUGUAGAUUGAUCUAUAUGUUAUCCAUUCUAUGUGUUAGACUUACGAUAAAAGUAAAGGUGGGGAUACCAGAGAGCUUCAAAGUAGGAUCGUACCUCUCCAAAAAAACUGGGUCGAGUCACCUUAAAACCUCCGGCUUAUUCUUCAUAACCAGCUAAUGAUGGCCAAAUCUGGAACAUGAUUGCCAAUAUCAAUACCUUUGUCGUCAAUCGUAUUGCAUAAUUCUUCAUAUCUCACUCAACCCCAUCCAAUAAUUACUAAAUAUUUAAGUAUAGAAAACCUGCUUAACAAAUAGCGAACCACACGUCAGGAGAUGAUCAUUCAGCGGUUUAUUUUAAAAAAUUUCUCUGUUAUGUUUUUAUAGGUUUACAGAAAGAUGGUUACAUGCUGCUCUGCGAUGAAAGCUCAUAUUCAGGUUACAGUUAAACUAAAUUUACUAUUGUGCUCAAAUCACAUUGCUGAACUAGUCAUAGUGUAAUAUUACUUGCAAAUAUACGCGCUGGUCUAUUGGAAAACAAAAACCGAUGUUAUGCUCAUUGCAAGUCACAGGGAUUGUAUGAACACUAGGAUAAAUAUAAUAUAAUGACUUUGUUUUUUUCUUGACUUGGGGUGAUUGCAAUUAUCUUUGUUCUCUGUAGGCAGCUUUACUCUGUCAAUGUAUGGAAGUAAAAGAUUAUACAACAGCAUUUAAAGCUCUUCAACAAGCAGCAAAUUCAAGGUAUUGAGAGAUGAGUUAAUAGGGAUUUUCCAUAAAAAGGUUAAUGUUGAUUUAAACAGUUGCUUGCCGAGUGGAAGUGUUUAACUCAUGCAUUUGUGAUAAAUACAGUAAAAACACGCGAGUAAGAACCUGCAUUUUCCAAAGUUAGCCUACACAGGUUCUUACUCAAAUGGUAUUAGCAUAAAUUUAGGCUAUUAAGGUUCUUGAAAAGGUUCAUAUUUUUGGAAGAAAAACAAUACAUUGUAGCUAAGAGUAUUUAGUGGUAUUCUGCUUAUUCCCUAAAUAAAAUCUACAUACCAUUAUCCUUCAUUACAUUACAGUUGGAGUAACAAGGCACCUAUGUCUUCAAAGAUUAAUGUAUCCUGAUUGUCGACUUAUCUUAUUUGCCCAAGCGUACUUUUUUUUAAUAGAUUUUAGAAAAUAAGAACCUUUUUUAAAUUUUAGGUUAAACAGAUUCUUAAUUUUGACGUGUAUAGAGGGGGCCCAACUGGCAAAUUUUAGCCUAACAGGUUCUUACUUGCGGGUUUUUAUCUAAUCUGGCAGAUCGCUAAACAUUGGUUAAAAACCUGAGACAUAAUGUCCGAUUGACGAUCAGACUUUGAAAUCAAUUGUUGAUAAAAACACAAAAGUGAAAGUUAAGUGGUCCCAAAAUGGUUAUUAUUAUUAUUUUUUGUCUCAACAGCUCCGACGCGAUGGAUUUUUAUUAUGGCUUCUUCUGGGAUGUUACAAUGUUAGAAUAUUUAACCUGUAUCCUUUGGGUGCUACUUAGGGGAUAGACACUGACAUCAUUGGUCGUUUUUACAGGGGUUUCGCGUGAUCCGUGAAUUGACCGCUAAAAAGAGCUUGAAUCAGAAAAACUCAUGAAAUACAGUCAUGAUUCGUGAAUUAUAUGUACACUGUGACGCGUGAUCCUCUAACAUUUUAGUCCGUGAAUCGAGAUUUCUGCAGAUAAAACAGAUGUGAGUCUCGUGACAAGGCUUCGAAGUUAAACCAUGUAAAAAUAGAAAAUUGUAGGGCUUCGAUUUUAUAGCAAUAAAAUUCAUUGCCAAUCAAAUUUGUAGUGGUCAAACAAAAAGCACAGAAUCGUCAAUUUGAUCGGCACCAUACUUUUUGUUUCCUUCCCAUCACGGGUGCCUAUAGUAGUCCAGAAACCACUAAGAAUUGUUGACGGGCUUGAUCAGUUCGUCACCCAAUCACGUGAUUCGUGAAAUGACUCCUAAAGGUAAAGUGAUUUGUGAAUGUACGGAAAUUCAACCCGUGACUCGUGAUGCAGACACCCCCUCUAGACCCUGUUUUUAUAUUAAGGGCGCAUUAUCCAUCUGGACAAACUUCAGCAAACGUUUUGUAGUUCGUCUGGUUACGUGUCUCUAACAUAAAGACGGGCACAAGACGCGUUAUGCGUCCAGACGAACUACCUUUCUUAGUGCGUCAUCGCAGACGUACGUUUUACGAUAUUUCGUUCCCAGAGAUUAUCUGGCCACCCUUUCGUUUGUUGUCAAACGUGUCUCCCAUUACGUUUGGUUUUAACAGACCAAAGAGGUCGACACCUUUGCGUAGCCUUAGGAGUAAUCAAGAUUACGUGUACAGUUCAUAUGGCAUGCACUGUACCACUGAUUCCUAAAGUAAUGUGCUUUAAUACCCUUGAAUAGACCACACAGAAUAACUAGUAGUUUGUAUGAAAUCCAGACUAUUUUUAUGGUUUUCAGUCGCUGUGUCUUGUGUGUGAAGCAUUAACAGUUUUUACGUGUGGUUUUUUACAUUCUUUUUUUGUGUUUUGUCUUUUGUUAACUUUGACUCACUUUGAUAUAGACACACACGCUAAGCGUGGGCAACACGACAAGAAACUACUUACAGUAAGUUCGUUAUCUUAUCUCUCGUUAGAACUCUGCGCGUUUUUUACUUUUAUCUCGUUACCUUCAUCUGUAUCGUAAGUAACUAAGGGACGUGAAUAAAUUACCUGUAAUUUUCACCAGUGAUGUGAAAUGCCUAUGGAAAGAAACCCUUUUGUCAGUCACCAGCUCACUAAAGAUGAAUGAAAUGUACAACAAAUAUAUGCAUCCCGUGGCGUCAACAUAUUUGUACACUAAUAUGGCCGCCGUGACGUCAUUUGAUAACGAUCUAUAGGUUUUCAUUUUCUUACCCCCAAAGGAAAGCGUGACCACGCCUUAAGAACGUGUGCGUGGGAAGGUACGAGUGGCUUAGCCGUCAAAAGAGCUAACUGAAAACGAAAGCCGCGCAUGAAACGUCUCUGGCACCUAAGGUGGAUUCUAGAAUUUUCAACAGUUUUUUCAAAGACAUGAGAUUGAGGUACCAUUCUAUUCUAUUUUUGUUGCAGAUACAAACAAUUAGUCAACCUGAACUAAACGUUUUCAAUUCAUCGGAGCUUCUCCAGCACACUGAACAAAUCAGGAAAGCCAAGCUACUGAGAACACUCGCAAAACAGUAUCUCUGA